CCCACGCCGUUGUUAGCAAAUUGUUAGCUGAAUAUAGACCUAACAACGGAGGACAUGGACCUUUACACGAUGAUUUUAUUUGCCGAAUAAAAGAAUUUAUGGAAGGAACUGACGAACUUAAAUCAUUUAAAAAAUGA